GCAGCGGCGCGGGAUGCUGCAAUGCAAGCAGACCAGGCUGCAGCAGCCGCCGAUGCAUCCGCACUGAGAGACCAGCUCAAGAAGCAGGAGGACGAGAUGGCAUCCGCAAUCCGCGAUGGAGUCCAGGAGCUACGCGAGAAGCUGAAAGUCGCAGAG